AUGGAGAUCUGGGCGUUUGCCAAUGUGUACACUGCAUCUCCGAGGGUCAGUACCGUCCAGUCGUCGUCGAGCACAGUGACUGAGCUACCUCGAAUAUGCACGUGGGCCACGGAGAACGACGCGUCAACCUCGACAGCGGCUCGUACAACUUCACUUCAGGACACGCUAGCAUCUACCCAUCGAUUCUGGAACGCGACCAUCGAUCACAAUUCAUCGAACAUCAGCACCAUCACCAGUAUCACGACAAUGACAUCUGCUGAUAACGUGGAGCCGUCUUGGACAUACCAUAGACCCACAAUGCACACGACCGCGGCGAUCCCCGUCAGCGCAGCCACUUCACAUGGCGCCAGCUGUAGUCACUUUUCAGCCUUGUUCGUUUUUUUCCUCGCUGUAUCUUUUUGGGACCGUCUUGGAUAG